AUGUCUAGUUCUUCUAACUUACCAUCCGGCCCAGAAGGCCUCCCACCAAGAGCUCCGACACCAGGACAGGAUUCAAUUAAAAGUCGAACUAGGAAAGGAAAGAAGAAUGAAAUGAUGAAUUUAGGAGAAGGAGAGAAAGAAAAUCAAGAAAGUCAAAAUAUAGAAGAAGAGAACGACACCUCGAAACAAGAUGAAAUAAUGCAACCACCGAGCGGUGUCACCAAUGACGUUAGAGUAGAUGGGAACCAGCAAGAGAAUUUAAGUGCUGCUGAAAACGGUAAUGGUUGUAUAACAGGAUUAGGUCAGUAA